AGCACCUGACAUGUCAGAAGAUCCUCACAUUCUCAUGCAUAUAUCUCAGCCACUUUCUGAGCUUUUAACUUCAGAAAAUACUCUUUGUGUCUGUCCUGCGCAUGUCUCAUUGAUUUAAGUAGUUUCUACCCAGUGUCAGAAGUGUCCGGCUCCAUGGCCGGUUCUGUCCCCACUGUGUCGGAGCUGUUCGCGGCGGCUCGGCGGCGGUACGAGCAGCUGUUCGGGGGGGAUGCUCCGCUCAUAGCGGUCUGUGCCCCGGGGAGGGUGAACCUGAUCGGAGAGCACACCGACUACAACCAGGGCUUCGUGCUGCCGAUGGCGCUGCCCCUGGUGACUGUGGUUGUAGGGAGUCAAACCUGUGGCCGGGAUGUUACCGUGGUAACAGCGACUGAGGAUGCUGAUGAGCCCCACAGAGUGGACUUCAGCCUGCCUGCUGAUGGAGCCCCGCUGGCUCCAGGAUUACCCCGCUGGGCCAACUAUGUGAAGGGUGUCAUCGAGCAUUACAGGGCUCCUCCUGUCACGGGGUUCAGGGCGGUGAUAGCCAGCAGUGUCCCCAUGGGGGGGGGGCUGUCCAGCUCUGCCUCUCUGGAGGUGGCAUUCUACACAUUCCUGCAGCAACUUCAGCCAGAUGACGGAGACAAGGUUUCCAAAGCGGUGGCCUGUCAGCAGGCAGAGCACUCUCACGCUGGAGUCCCGUGCGGCAUCAUGGAUCAGUUUGUGUCUGUUCUGGGCAGGGAGGGCCACGCCCUGCUCAUCGACUGCAGGUCCCUGGAGGCCACCCCCGUCCCUCUGGCAGACCCAGGCCUGAUCAUUCUCAUCACUAACUCCAACGUGAAGCACUCUCUGAGCGGCAGUGAGUACCCCCUGAGGCGCCGGCGCUGUGAGGAGGCCGCCUCCGCCAUGGGGAAGAGCAGUCUCAGAGACGCCACCAUGAAGGACCUGGAGGAGGCCAGCGACAGAAUGGAUGAGGUCACCGUCCGCAGAGCGCGUCAUGUGAUUGAGGAGAUAGAGAGGACGGUCCAGGCUGCUGAGGCUCUGAGGAGAGGAGAAUACAAAGAGUUCGGCAGGCUGAUGGUGGAGAGCCACAACUCACUGAGAGACCUAUAUGAGGUGAGCUGCAGGGAGCUGGAUGAGCUGGUGUCUGCCGCCCUGGAGGUGGAGGGGGUGUACGGCAGCCGGAUGACGGGCGGAGGGUUUGGAGGAUGCACCGUGACCCUGCUGCAGGCCGGCGCCAUCGACAGGACUAUACUGCACAUACAGGAGCGAUACAGUGGAACCCCGACUUUCUACGUCACAACUCCUUCAGAGGGAGCUCGGGUCCUCAGUCUGCCCUGACCUGUAUUAACACAUCUCUGACUCAUUCCUUUUUCAUAGGAAUAUAUACAGCAUUUCAUAUUUGGUUUUUCUUCUCAAUUAUCUCUAUUAAAAGUGCCUUCACAGUAAAGCAUU